GACAUUGACGACAAAAAGCACCAGGAGGACACAGAAAACCACUCCAAGAGGAGGAUCUACUUGGACUACAAUGCAACCACUCCUCCGUCUGCAGAAGUGGUCAAGGCAGUGACAGAAGCUCUGCAAGAGGCCUGGGGAAAUCCCAGCAGCAGCUACAGUGCAGGAUGUAUGGCCAAACAACUAAUAGACAAAGCUCGGGCACACAUUGCCAGCAUGGUAAGAGGAAAACCAGGAGACAUCAUCUUCACCUCUGGAGGAACAGAAGCCAACAAUAUGGUAUUAUUUUCGGCUGUGGAACAAUUCAGUAUGAGAGCCAAAGAAAGUUCCAGUAACAGCGUGGACAAGGCAUUGCCACACAUCAUUACUACCAAUGUGGAGCAUGAUUCUAUUGUACUGCCUCUUCAACACCUGCAGAGGGCACACAGAGCCGAGGUGACCUUUGUACCAGUAUCCACUACU